AGAUAAGUCUAGUUUAAUAGGUUUAACAACUUCGGGUAGCAGUGAGAAAGCCACCCAAUCCCUUACCACUUCUCACCCAAAUCGGAACAUCUCUUCGUUGCCGUGCCGUCUGCACCGGGCGAUCCCGUUGCCGCGCCGCCCGCUGCUGCGCCGCCCGCUGCGCUUCACAUUUGUAUCAUUCAAGAUUUGCUAUCUUGAGUCAGUAUUUAAUUGCAAUCUCUGCACUGGAAUAUGGAGGCAAAUUCAGCUUCAUAUGAACAUGAGGAUCAAGAUGAAUAUGUUCUACUUGACCUGGAUGGUGUUUCUGACCUAAUUAACCUUCCAGCAAAUGCCAAGUAUGUUCUAACUGGCCUUGAUACAUUAAACCCAGAAUUGAUCAUUGAUGACAAAUUUAAGCUGAUUGGGGAAUAUGAGGAGUCAAUUGGCACAUGUCUUGCUUUUACCGAACAAGAAACCCCUGUGGUUCAUGAAGAAACAGGAUCAUCAUCUGAAAUGAUCCUUUUCUCUAGAACAAGACUAAUUGAUUCAAAUCAACCUCCAACAAAGCAAGUGAAACCUUUGUGUCAGCUUCACAAGAUUCUCAAGUUUAAACUAUCACCCGAUUCUGAAAUCCAAAGCCUCGCACCUGAGGAGGUCAAGUGAAUCUAAAGCUCACCAGAGAACAUGGGAAUCGGUGCCAAUUCUGUACCUUUUUGAAACAUUACCUGGUCCCUUGAAUUUUCUUUUACAUUUGUACAAAGAACAGAACCUUUUUCAAACAUUGUUCUUUCGUAGGUAUAUAUAUACAUAUACGUUUAAGGAUUCUGCCCCCAGUUUAUCAAACAGCAAGUUAAUGUAUUUGAUUUGAUAAUUUUUUUCUGGCGAACCUCCAAUGUUGUUAUCAAAAUUUGAAAAAGAAAGAAAAGAAUUGGAUAUGGUUAGAAUA